GCAUUUGGGAAGAUAGCGGCAAAGCACGGUCACGUGACGGAAAAACCAGGAAGUCAAACAGAAAGUGGUCGGCGAGCUCAAGUUAAGGCUUGAUAUCAAGAUACAUUUAACGCAUAACAAAUGGACACGGGAGCUAACAACGUCAAUCAAGACUGUGCCCGAAAGUUGCAAAUGGCAACUACAGAAAAACUGAGAAAAUUCAACUGUUUGCGCGGUCGAGAGGUCGCACGCGGUGAGUUUUGGGACACGGUGGUCGUGACUGCGGCGGACGAGAAGCAGAAAGAUGCUUAUGAGCUUCAGAUUAGGUUGAAAGUGGACCGGAAAGAACUCCCGCUUGGAGUUCACUAUAUGGUCUUCUCGGAUCCACCCGGGUGUAAAAUAGGCAACGGCGGCUCCACUCUGCACGCUCUCCAGCGCCUCAGUGACAUCCAUGGCAAGACUCUUUGCAGGAUGAGAGUCAUCCUGAUCCAUGCAGGUGGCUGGAGUCAGCGCCUGCCCAGUGCCAGUGCCCUCGGGAAGAUCUUCACCGCCAUGCCGCUGGGUGAGCCCCUCUACCAGAUGCUGGAGCUCAAACUGGCCACGUAUGUGGAUUUCCCCUGUCGCAUGAAGCCCGGCGUGCUGGUAACCUGCGCCGACGACAUCGAGCUCUACAGCGUCGCCGGGCACGAGAGCGUCGCGUUCGACAAGCCGGGCUUUACGGCUUUAGCCCACCCCUCCCCGCUUUCCAUCGGCACCACCCACGGCGUGUUUGUUUUGAAGCCGCGUGAGGACUCCGAAUGGUCUGAAAUGGAAAACCGAACCUGCUUGCGCUUCCUUCACAAACCAAGCAUUGCUACGAUGCGAAACAUGGGCGCCGUUUGUCAAAGGACGAGCGAUUGUUUUCCUCUAUCUGACGCCGAGUUUGUCUACACGGACAGCACCUACUAUGUGGACUUUGAUACGUCGCAGCGUCUCCUCGGCGUGCUCGGGGAGGUCGGACCGUUGGAGUGCGAGAUUGACGCGUACGGCGAUUUCCUGCAGGCGUUAGGCCCGCUGGCCUCCGUAGAAUAUACCCGCAACACGGCUAACGUCACCAAAGAGAACGACGGUCUGGUGGAAAUCCGCCAGAAGAUUUUCCGGAUUCUUCGCGGGACGCCGCUUAACGUGAUCCUACUGAAUAACUCCAAGUUUUAUCACAUCGGGACCACGACGGAAUACCUCUUCCACCUCACCGGGGAUGAUGCUCUGAAGAGCCAGCUGGGUCUCCGUCCUUCUGCAUUCAGUGUGCACCCGAAUGCAAAGCCAGAUGCGGCGUUCUGCGUGAUGCACAGCGUCCUGAGUCCAAGUUGUUCUGUGGGGGCCGGAUCGGUGCUGGAGUACUCCAGACUGGGAGAGGGCGUGUCAGUCGGUCGGGAUUCAGUGAUCAGCAGCUGCUGGGUCGGUCCCGGUGCCUCGGUGCCUGAUGGGGUCUUCAUGCAUUCGCUGUGCGUGACCCAUCGGGACAAAACUGGCUUUGUAACCGUCGCCUUCGGAAUUCACGACGACUUGAAAAGCUGCGUGACAGCUUCCGCCUCCAUGGAGGCGUUGACUCUUUUGGGCGUGACUCUUGAAGCCUGCGUGUCCCUCUGGGGACUGGACCGCCGUGACUUGCGGUUCUCCGACGAUGCGUCCGGCUGUAGUUUGUGGACCGCUUGUUUGUUUCCCGUUUGCGAGGACCAAGAACGCUCGUUCUCCGCGACGCUCGACAUGUUGCGAGCCGUCCUGGGCGGAAGCGCCUGCCCCUUACCCAAGGACGUCGAACGAAUAUCCGUGCACGAAGCUCUGCAGUGGAAGAACCUGCAGGUGAUGCUGGACUUCAGAAAGGGGCUCUAUGAUGACAUCACACAGAGAUCAUGAAGCGGUUAUGAGUUCAUUCGUUGAGUUCGAAUCUAUCCGUUUUCGACCGCUUGUCCUCUUCGGAGUCGUAGGUGAACUGCAGUCUUUGGGCAAGAGGCGAGUCUCAAGGGAAAAAUGUUAGUCGACGAGAGACGGGACAAGCACUUUGAGGCUCAUGAGACAUAUAAUUGAAUAAACUCUUGAAUGCAAGGAGACGGCUCAAACGCAACCUGA